UUUUCGCUUUCUGUGUGUGGAAGCCACAUAAAAGUAGUCAAGCGAGAAAGAUAAAACGGAGAUAAACAUCCUUGUUUAGAGUGUAACUUUACUUUUUAACCUUACCUUACCACGUUCAAUUUUUUUCUUAUUCUACCUCUCUUUGUCUUAGAUAAAAGGGAUUUCGAAUAUCCUUUUCUAAACGGAUGAGAACCGCGAAAAGUUCUUUCUUACGUAGGACGCCAUAUUGCUUGGUCAUAUCAUCCGUAUGAGGUUUGCAAGAGCGGUAAGGUUGAGAUAUAUUAGCUGUCGAGAGGUGUCGAGUUAUUCAUUCUCAUAAGGAUUAACAUCAUAGGCUUCAGUUUUUGUAGAUAAGAUAUCGCGAGAGACAAACGCUUCUCAUGUAGUAGCAGUAUUCCAGUAAUAAGAAGACUUUUACUGUUAAAUAUAAAAAGGACAAGAAAAAAGUUUCAACGCUAUGCCGACGAAUGAUACGAGCCUCGAUGAAGUUCGCAAGCUUAUCCUGGCCUGUCUACUUGCUCGACCAGGACCUACUCCGACUACACUUCUCGAUCGGGACUAUUAUGAGAUGGAGAAGGAACGUAUACCCUGGCGUAAAUUUGGCUACGCCAAUCUCGUGGAAUUUCUCAAAAGUAUGCCUGAGCACUUUGUAGUCGAGUGGGCCAAUGGUGGAUACCAGGUGCGUGGGAUUGCGUCAGAAAAGACCAAACACGUGAGCUCACUGGUAUCCCGUCAGAAGGCCUCGAUCUCGAAGAAGUACGUUCCGCCUUGUCGUCGGCCGUUUAUAAAUCGUCACAUGCCGCAGAUGCAACGUCCGCGGAUCAGGAUCCCGGCUGAUCUGCUAUCAAGUAUCGUCACAUAUGUUAAGAACAAUCCGCGAGGAGUGAACGUGCAAUCUGUCAUGAUGAUGGUGCAGCAGCAAUUGCCACAUACCACGCUCACCAUCUACGACAUCCGGGACCAAAUGCGCGAGCUGUCGCAUUUCUUAUAUCUGGACGGUGAUUGGAUUUUUCCUACGAAUGCGGCGAAUGAUUCUUUGCGAGAGAUAAAGAAUUAUCCGCAGUCUUUGACGUCGCAGCCGCAGAACAUGCCGCGACCAUCGGAAGUGUAUGCUGGAGGAGAUGAGGGAUCUGAUUUCAUUGAAGACUCUAGCGAUGAAGAUUUUAAUCAUCCGGCCGAUCAUGCAAAUAGUAAUUAUCCGAGACAACUAAAGUCCACGGAGCAAAUCGCUGCGAACUUUGCAAAUAAUGAACAGGACGCAACAAUAUACAAUUGUAAGAAUGACGAAUGUUUUGCUGCGACGAAUGGAGAUGAUAAUACGAAUGCUACGAAAACUGAUUACAUUGAUGUUUCUUCGCUGAUAAGCGAUAGAACAAAAUCACGAUUGGAUCAGCUGGUGCGACAACAUCCAGAAGGUAUCUGGUGCGCCGAGCUGCCUGAGAAAUAUUUGAAGGCGUAUAACGUACAUCUGAAUUACAUCGAGCUAGGCUUUACCAGCGUGCGCGAAUACGUGUCUCACUUGCCGAACAUUUUUUAUAUGACAAGAUUGAACUCGACCGACGACUUCAUGUUAUACAGCGCGGACAAGAAGCCGACAGUUCCUGAUCAAGACUCGGCGAAGCCUAGCGAAAUAAGAUUAAACCCAUGUGAGCAACAUGACGAACAUAAUGCAAAGCGAACACAAUUUGAUGAUAAUGCACCGAUUCCAGCGGAUGUCUCUUCUAGCAUAACCAAGAUAUUUGCACCUGAUGAUGUAAUGAAUUACAACGACAGCGUGGAGCAUAUAUUGGUGACUGAUUUACAACGUGACAGAAAAUAUUUAGAGGUGUACAUUGUAGAGAUGUUUCAUCCAAACUUCUUUUGGGUACAUCUACGGGAAAACAAGAAACGCUUUGAGGGAUUCAUGGAUGAAUUAGAUAAAUUUUAUCAUUAUAAUAAGGAUAAGUACACUAUUCCAAAGAUAGCUUUAAAAAAGGGUUUACACUGUGCAUGUAUAUAUUCGGGUAGGUGGCACAGAGCAAUCAUUAAAUCCGUAAAGCCAGAUUUCAGAGUAACGGUGAUGUUUUACGACUACGGCACUUUGAAAACUUAUCCAGCUGAAGAUAUAUAUUAUUUGCACAAACAGUUCUCCUUUUUACGCGUUCAAGCAAUACCUUGUGGCUUGUAUAACGUUAAGCCAUGUGUUGGUGAUAGCUGGAAAAAGAGUGUGAUAGAUAAAUUGCUCGACAGAAUUGAUGAAACUCUUUUAGCCUUAACCAUAAUGUCUGUUGAUGCUGCGAACAAUUCCAUGAUAGUCAUUUUGUCUGAUACAAGCGAAGAAGAAGAUGUACAUAUAAAUGAUUGGUUAAUCAAAGAGAAACUAGCGCAAUGCGGUAAAAUGGUGCGUAUGUGCGAAAAUUAUGCGUAUCUUCAUUAUUUGGCAUGCCUUGAUGCUGCGCAAAUAAAGUCUAUGCCAAUUCCCAAUCUUAAGAUAUCCGAUAUACAAAGCAAUAAAGUAAAUGUAGAUGAAACGCGACACGAUAGAAAUCAAUCGGUACCAUGUAGUAAAGGGGCACACAAAUUACUUGAUGUAAAGAGUGAAAAUAUUGAGAGUAAAACUGUGGAGGUUUCGCGUAAUAUCCCGUCUAAUAAAAAAAUUCUCUUACAUAUGCUACGGAAUUCAUCGGUUAAUUUACCGAUUGCUGAAUCAUCGGAUGUUACAUCGCAGCCAACAGAUUGUUCGAGAAACGAACAACCAAGACGCUAUAAGUCAUUGGCCAAAUUGUUGGAAAAAUUGAAAACAUCUAAUAUUUCGUCCAAUUUUACUUCAAGUACUUCGGCUCCAAAGCCCAACCAUGAUUUUAAAGAUAACGCGCAACAAGUCGAUUCAGAUAUGAAGACCAUUCAGAAUAAUGGAAGCAUGAAACACAAUACAUUAAAUAUGGACUUUAGAGAUUCUGACAAGGAUAAUAGAAACGUUAAGAAUGGUGCAUUAGCUAUGGAUUUUGCUGGUAACGAUAAUGGAAAGUUCAAGAUUAGUUCAUUGGAUACGGAUUUCGCUAACGAGGAUAAUAGAAGUGUCACGAAUGGUGUAUUGAAUAUGAACUUUGCUCUCAGAGAUUCCGACAACGAGGAAAAUAAUAAGAAAGAUUUCGGAACGUUUAGAAGUUUAUAUGGUGGACAUGGUUUGAUGGAGCCUUUUGAUUGGUCAAUAAUAAAAGAGAAUGGUCAUUCUACUUCUAAAACAAUCGUUACAUCGCAUAAUAAUUUGGACAUUGAAGAGCAUAAAAGCAAUACAACGGAAGAUGAAUCGAAAUCGCAUAAAUUAAAUCAUUUGGAAAAGCCAGCGUCUGCUACCCCUUAUUUUCUAAAUAUAACUCGUAAAGAGGAGGAAUAUUAUUUGCCUGAGAAGAAUAUCGAUUAUCACUUCAAGAACGUGUCUCAAUCCAUGGCAAGAUUGAGAAACAGGAUGGAAGUAUACAAUGAUAAGUAUACAGCUGUAGUUGUACCAGGGGACAUACUUGAAACACUGUGUAAUAACACUCAAUCCCAAAAUACACAGAGUCCCGAUACGAGUAUUAUUAAGACCAAUGGUGUAACUUCUUCAAAAGGGUCAGAUCAAACCGAGAUGAUAAACGGAAAUGGCGAAACGUGUGAAACAAGAACCGAACAGAAAAUAGAAGAGAACAGAGAUUUGGAUGCAAAUACGAAUAAUAAUAAUAUUGCGCAUAAAAGUCCUGAAUCCAAAACAACUGAUAAAGUAUGCAAUUCCAGAUACAAGUUGUUGUUGGAUAAAAUAAAGCGUAUGCAGAUUAAUUCGGUGGAUUCGAGCAUUUCGUCGAGCCCCUAUUCUUCGAAAGACUCUUCGAGUAGCGAGUAUGUUGCAUCUUCCUGCAGUACUAGCACGCUUUCGUCAAACGUCGGACAACACGAGGAUUUUAAAAAUCAGAGUACCGAGCUAUGCAACUUUAAGAAACUUGCGUCCACGUCCUCGAGUGAGUUUUCGUUAAAUCGCGACAUCAACGAGACUACAAAUCUUUUAUCCUCAGAAAAUAGUUCCAACACUUCUUUUACUAUGGAGGAUUCGAAGCAAGAUCAAUCCUCGACAAUUAAUACGAUUGUUUGUAACGUUGACGAUGCAAAACGAUCGAAUGCGACUGUCGAGAAGAAGCCGCGCGUUUCGAAAAUAUUGGAACUGGUACUGAAGAUUUCGGAAACUAAGACGAGCAAAAAUGAAUUAGAUUCCGAUGACCUAAGUAAUCGAGAAACCGUAGCGAAUGACACAAGCUACGACAAGGAAGAAAGCAAAUCGAAUGAAAUUUCGGAAAAUGCGACGAGCAAAGAUGAAUUGGAUUCCGAUGAUCUGAGUAACCGAGAAACCGCAGCGAACUGUGACACAAGCUACGACAAGAAAGAAAACAAAUCGGCCGACAAUUCGAUGAUUGAGAAUAAUGUGAUAUGCAAAUCGACGAGUAACAUAAACGAGAAAACAUUCGAUCCGCCAGUGUUAAAUGAUUGCGAUUUAGAAUUCGAUGAUAGCAAUGAAGAUUGGGAUGGCGAUGCCGUCGACAUGGCAAGCAUAAUGAGAUACGUAGUAGUAAACAGUUCGAAUUCAUUGCCGACGUACUGCUUCGCGGAGGAGAACCUAAUAUCCGAUAGCCAUUCCAAGGCAACGUCCACAGAGGAUUUGAAUGAGAUGGCACCUACGGUCUCCGAGCAGACUCCUCUUCAGUCUCGCGAAAACCUCGAGCAAUAUUGGAUGAGACCACCACCGGGUUUUGCACCUCUCGGCGAAAAAACCGGUUUGCCUAACAUAUCAGCGAGAAAUUUCCACGAUGUAUACACCUUCGGAAGCACAUCGAAGACAUCGAGUUCUGACAACAAGGACAUGACAACGAAUCCAUUUUUGACUGACCAACAAUUUAUAAACGACAAUGUCAUCCCCAAUGACGUAGGAAAGCAGAUAUUUACGACCAUCUGGAAUAAGAACUUGCAGUUGAUCACUAUGCUGGCUGAGUUUUUAUACGAUCUACUAGAACGCUCGCCGCUCAAUAAAAAGAUAUUUGAGAAUCACAUGAUAAUCCAGCAUCAUUUGAAUAGAUUCCUUGAAAAGUUCGUAAAGACGCUGAAACCACUAGACAACGAUACAUCGUCAUCAGCGUCGCUCAAUCUCGUGAGAGAGACGACGGAUAAGUUUGGCUCUACGCAAAAUAUUAACUCGCCAAUGCCGAACUUGAAUGCCGAAGGUUUCGUGAAUCAAAAGCUCGCGGCCAAUUUGAGCAAUUUAUUAUUAUCGAAUUCAUUCGGCGACGACAGACCAAUGCAGACUCAUCCCGUGUUUCCCACUUACGGUUCGAACAAUUAUACAUUCUCGUCCAGUUGGCAUCAAUCUGAUAAAAUCAGUCCACGUGUUCAAGUACCGUCUUCCCCGGUACCCCGGACUCCGAGCUCUGUAUCUUCCACGUUCGGAUCAUCAUCAGCGCCUACACCUAAUGUCUUUUUCCCAAACACCGAUCAGGGCAACGCUCAAAACUUUCCUGCGAUGAAACAGGCCUAUUCAAUGAUAUCGAUGAACACUGACGUUUCUAAUAACAAUCGCAAUUCUUCAAGCUUCUUUAGUACUGCGAAUAGCGAAUUUGCCAAUAUGUUCAAGGAGACGAAUCCUUUUAGGUGUUCGAUGACUGAUAACAUGCAGAUACCGCAGAGGCCAGAGACGCAGAGCGAGCCGAUGGCGAAUAAUUACGAUACGAAUGCCACAUCGUAUCUGCCUAUGAAAAAUCUGCAAGAACACGCUGCAAAAAUGGAAACUGUAAACAUUCAUGCAGAGAACAGUGGCUUUACGAUUCCGAAAUACGUUAAUAACAUAAGUAGUGCUGAAGGUUACACUCCUAGAGUCAUCUACGAAGCCGGACCAGUUAUGUAUAAUAUGCAGAAGAAGCAAACGGAUGCAGAUGUGAUACAAAACGCAUGCAAUAACGAUUUUAAGAACGAUCGUAACGUGUCUAUCAAUGGACAAUGUGAUAAGAAGGAUUUAUUCUCGCCGUCUGCAAACGAUAUAGCUAGUUCGUACUUGAAAAAUAGCUCGCACAUUGACGAGAGCUACAUCACUCAACCACCAACUGAUUGUACGUUGCAAAAUUCACCACAGAUUAGAAACAACGAAUCGAUUUAUCAUCAACAAAACGUUAAAACAAACGAGCGCAUCAUCUUCUCUCAAGCCUGGAAACACGUUGAGAUCCCUGAAUGUUUGAUUAAAUCGCAAAUUGGAAGUGUUCCUUCGCAAAAUCAUAAUGAGAAACCUAUAAUUAACACGUCGAUUAAUUUUUCAUCUUCUAAAGAUUGGAAUUGUGAGAAAAACAGAGGAGAAUCUGUAACUCAAGGUGGAAUGGUAGAUUUAAGUUACGUUUUCCAAAGGAAUGACACAGAACAACAUAUGUAUAACAAUUUCUUGAACAACCUAUGUUAUAUUAAAAACCAAAAAUGCAUAGAACAUAAUAAUAAGAACAACGACUUUUUUUUCGACGUCUCUUUUGUCUUUCAAAAAGUUGACUUAGUUAAAAACGUGUCAUGUAUAUUUCACACUGAGAACGAAGGUUGGAUGUUGACCUAUGAAUUUAUACAAACUUUUACGAAUUUCAAAUUGUGCUCUCGUUUGUUUGCUGUAAUAGAAGCGAUGAAUGUAAAAGUUACAUUUAAAGAAGUCAAAAGAACUGAAUAUCCAUUACAAUUUUUACAACUUGAUAAUUAUCCUCUAAAUGUUCCCCGAGAUGCCGAGAAACGUAUUACUUCCAUUCAUUUAAUCUCGUUACAAAGCGGAUUGUCAUUAUUACGCAAGUUAAAGAUAGUCACUCGAGAGGAAAUAGAUAAUGCUUUCAAGAAAAAGGAGUUUGUAAAUGGUUCUAUUCUGCUCAAUAUGUGGACAUUGAUUUGUGUUUACCGUGAUUUAAGACAACGUAUUGAAGAAUAUGCAUUGAAAAAUUUUAGAUAGAAGGUAUAAUUACUUAAAACGUGUCACAAUGUAGAUAGUUUUAUAUAACUUUUGCUUGUCAAGUUUAUAAUUAAGUUUACAUCUGUGAUCGACAGAGUUCCUCUUUUUAUAUAGUUAAUAAGGUAAUUUUCAUUUUUUAAUUUUUUUUACAUUUAUAAUGACAAUAAUGUUGCUUUAAAGAUACCAAAAAUUUUCUAGUUUUUCAUAUGAUAUAUGUUUACUCAUUUAUUAUUUAAUUAUGACUAAACUAAU